AUGGUAUGCGUACAGUUGCUGGCCUAUCUCAUGUAGCGUCAGCUGAAAUUCUGAAAUUUGUUUUUUUUUGAUUAGAAAUGAUUAGUUAAGUGGUGUUGUAAUGCUAAGUAUCAUGUGGCAGGGCAACUACGGUUUCUGGCCCAUCGCAUGAAAUGUUAGCUGGAAUUUUUGAAUGUGUUUUCGACCAGAAAGGAUUCUUUGGGUAGGGUUGUGAUAUUGGUGGAGGGACGCUCACCAAUCGUUUUUACGGAACACAACGGGACGAAUGUGUUCCGUAAAAAAGUUUUUUAAUUUCCGAGUAAUUUGGAGCCUGAUCAGUCGUUGCAUUUGCGCUUCGUGCAUGCGGUCCGCGUAAAGAAAUUCACAUAUUUUUCCAUGCCUUUAAAAAGAUCCUACAUAGAGUCCAUAGAAUUUUGCAAUGAAUGAGGACUAUGUUGUACAUUUCAUGAGGAGCAGUGGUAAACGGAGAGGUACGAUGCUGCAUGAAUGGACAUUGCACGGUCUUAGGAAAAUCUCAUAAUAAGAAACUUUUCUAAAACCGGAUUAUACCCCUUCUUUGAGUAAUAAAAUAUAAAGAUGUAGUGAUUCUCUAUCAAACGAGUGGAAGAAGGCAUAGUUUGUUCAUAUUUUUUAUAAAAUAUAUUUGAAUUUGAAAAGUCAAGUUGGCGAACGCACGUUUUCGGUAAUUCUUCCUCAGGCCAAUACAAUUACAUGAACGAAUGAAAAUGUACAAAAUCAACAUAGUUUAUAGAUGCCUCAAGGGCUAUUAAGUCACUAAUACUCAUCAUCCCCACGCCGCCCGCAUGAGAAGGUCGGUGGGUGUUAGUCGUCAGGGCUAUGGGAGGGGGGUAAGAGAGUCUUUGAGUAAUGAUCUUGGGUUGAGUACACGGAGUACCCAUCAUCGUGAUUAGGGAUUUGAGGCGGCAUGGCUUCAUCACUUGGGGUUGGCGUUGGCCACGGCAGCGAAAGCGAUUGUGUCAGAGUUUUCUGACAGCAUAACACCGGAUUCAAUAACCGUAUAGCUACUGCCUCUGCCGUUGCUAGUAUCCGUUGGCGUAGGCCUUUAGAGAAGCAUGUUGGUGUCCGGUAGACAACCUGAAAUGCUUUCUUGGCAUCGACUCGGUGGUUCGUGUCGAUUAAAUGCGCGAGAAUAGAACUCGAAAUCGACCGGGUCUCACCUCUGUCUAGCCAGGCGGGCAUAUGUUCACGUACCCUCUUUACCAGGCGUCUCGUUGUGCGGCCGAUGUAUCCUGCUCCACAGGAGCAAGUGAAUGAAUAAAUGCACAUUGAUGUGGCCUCCAACGGUAGUCUGAAUUUGAAUUUAUAAGACUAUCGAAAAUCAAUGUGAAAAAUUCAUGCUACAUAAGUAGUCACUUUUUUUUACCGAGUGCGGUUUCUGCAGGAGAUUGAAAAGGAGUGUGUUUAAAAGCAGACAUCCUGCCAAGUCCGAAAUAGUAUAAGGUUAUGCCGCAAGAUAAUAUGUAUUCGAGCCCCACCUAAGUAAUCCUUCCUAAUCAGAAACGUAUUUUGGAAUUUCAUCCAACAUUUCAUGAGAUCGGUCACCCACUUUAUGCUUCAUAAAAUCAUUAGUAAAAGAACAGACAUGAUGUUAUUCGAAGGGACAUUUUCACGGUCUUAACAAAUCUUAUAAUUGCAAGCAUUUUAAAAAAUCGGAAGAUAUCCUUUUUCAAGCACGAAAUUUGAAGAAUACAUAAUUUACCGAAAAGCAAGUAGAAGAAAGUAUAUUUGUGUGCAUGCUUUCUAAAACCUAUACUUGCAUUUAUAAGGACAUCAUAAUUUUCAGCGGGGAAAACCCGUACUACCUAAGUACCCAUUUUUAGUGAGCGUAGUUUUUUCCGGGUAGCCGGAAAGACGCGCUUUUGAAGGUCGGCAUUACUUGCAUAUCUUUGGGCUGUGCCGCAUCAUAAUCACUAUUACAACCCCCACCACAGUAAUCCUUUUCACGCGAAAUUGUAUUCCGGAAUUUCGACAAAUAUUUUUCAUUAGUACUGUCUACCAGACCGUCUGCUUAUUUUGCAUACUUGCUGGGCUAACCACUUGUGGUUUAUUGCCGUCCACCAUCCCCCUUCCCCUGUUAGCCAACCCACCAUCUAGACGGGCAUCCACGACACUUAGCCAGAGGCAGUUGCUCAUGCGAUAUUAAAUAGCCAGACACUCUGCCCACUUAGAGGACAAACCUCCAUCCUGGCGGUCUCACUCGGGAAUAUUCCAAAUCACAGGGGAGUAGCGUCCGUCGAUCCAGCCCGAUUGCAGGGCGGACAUUCAUAAAAAUUUAAUGUCGUCUACCAACUUUGCAUUGUCGUACAAUCUUGUGCCGGAAAGAGGACGCUUUGACUUCGAAACUACUACCAAAUGCGAUUGGUUUUUAGACACUCGCAUUAUCAUACGUUAGCCUGCUAAACGCAAGUUUAUCAAAACUGAAUAAAACUGAAUUACGGGAGCCAAGUAGUCAUCUGGUGGAUUCCAGAUGGAUUGCUUAGGAAAUCCUGCUUGGGCAGUCAACUUACUGUAUCAGAUUUGGUGGAUUCCAGACGUUGCAGUAGGUUGGGCGGGUAACUUGACCCAAAUGUGAUGAAACUCGCGUCCUCCGGCGGGGCCUCGUAGCUCAAGUGGUUAGAGCGUUGGCUGUACUAAAGCCUGCCCCCUACUGCGUGGGUUCGAAUCCCACUGAGGCGCCGAGUUUUUCACAGUUGGGUCAAUAUGGAUUACAAGGUACGUUAUAUAUACCAGGUUCAUUCCAGCAUUCUAUAGUCGUUACGACGUUCCUACUUACUAACUGACAAGUAGCAUGAUAUCGUUUUCAUGCAAAAUACACACGGACUGGUUUGAAGGUUUUGGGGACAAAUGCAUGUUUUGACAGGCCUGCACAGUUUGCCUGAAUACCCAUAUCGGAGAAAUUCGGCGGUCUUGGUGGCACUUGAACCGACAGCAGCGAGGGCAAGGCUUGGAUGCAGCUAACGCUCUUACCACUUGCUCUACUAGAUCCCGAUCGAGACCCGUCAGUUCAGUUUACCCUCCAUCUCCCCCCGGCAUCGGUGUAUUGCAUACGUUGCAGUAAGUUCGGUGAAUGCGGAAAACUGUAGGCUGAGAACCUCGUAACUCAGAUGGUUAUAGUGCCGGCUGUACUCAACUCUUGCCCUUCCUGUCGUGAGUUCGAAUCCCACUGAGGCUGCCUAGUUUUUAACAAUUGGUUAUUCAGUUAAAGACUAGAUUGAAAUUAAACUACGUUCUCCUCCCCUAAAACCACCCCCCCCAGACCAUACUGCACCCCGUGAACGCGACAAUCCUAGACACAGAUCCAAAACCUUUGUUCGAUGUUUUUCAUAAAGCCUGCGAGAAGAGUAUCGGCAGGGCCAACCUCCAGGAAUGCCAUCCCAUACUAACGUGCAGAUUUCUAAACUACACAUUUCAUAUUGGCAGAAUGUUACUGCCGACAACGACAAGGGAAACUGGAAUGGCCAUUUCUGGCCUAUUAUCCGUCGUCAGACAGUCAUAACCAACCCCGGAGUGUGGAAAACCCGUGGCUCGAACUCGCGACCUGCUAGUUAAAAGUCCAACGCCUCUAACCACUGGACCACGGACCCGUUGUUCUGUCGGUUUCGAUCGGGAAUAUGCAAUGGUAGAUGGGCGCUCACCGAUCGUUCUUACGGAACUCACUCUUUCCGUUGUGCCUUACGGGCUCUCUAUCUCGAGCCCAACCAACAGCCGCGCGUGAUAUAGGCAGUAUGUUAUUACCGACAAAGACAAGGGAAUCUGAAGCAUUUUCCCGGGUAUGAAUUGAAAACAAGCAUGUACAGCAGAAUUUAUUGAGGCCAAUAAAUUUUGUGACGGCUUUUCAACUGCAGCCCGUCUUUGCACAACAUAGGUAACGAAGGAAAGCGCACAGCAGUAUGAAUUUGUACAGAAUGGCAGUGCAUAAGAGCAAGGUCAAGGUUCAAGACAAUUAAUAAUCAGAUAAGACGUCACAUAAGCAUCAUAUAGGAAAGAGGGAGAUGAAACGUUAACAACAAAUCACAGUCAAGGGCAACUUGGGGCGUGAGAUUACCAGGGCAAUCGCAGAUUGAUCACGUGAUCUAACUGCUUGCACAGGUCUGGUUUCUCCCUCCGUAUGUAAGCUGCUUCCAAAUAACGCAAGGUUCGAGUUGUAUGCGCUCGGACAAGUACUCGAAAAGAUGCUUUAGGGUCGACAACAUGAUCGCCACCUAACAGGUGUUUCGUUAUGGACGAACGGGGGGUUUUGUUUUCCUGUUUGAAAAGCCAAUUAGGCAAAUGCUCAGCGGCCCUGAUUGCCAAUUGCUUUUGCGUUCGGCCAAUGUACUUGCAUCCGCACACGUGCACUUUCGGAUGCUCUUAUGCACUGCCAUUCUGUACAAUUUCAUACUGCUGUGCGCUUUCAUUCGUUACCUAGGUUAUGCAGAGAUGGGCUGCAGUUGAAAAGCUGUCACGAAAUUUAUUGGCCUCAAUAAAUUCUGCUGUGCAUGCUUGUUUUCAAAGACAAAGGAGACUAGGAUGGUCAUUUCUGGCUUAUUAGCCGUCAUCAGCCAGUCAUACCAAACUCCGAAGUGUGAAACACCUGGGGCUCGAACUCGCCUUUAACUACUUGGCCACGGGCCCGUUGUCCUGUCGGUUUCGAUCGGGAAUAUACAAUGGCCUCUUGAAUCUCUCGCGUUCUGUACUUUGCCCCUACUAAUGACCAGAUUUUUAAUGAUGUCAGUAGAAGUUAAUCCCCAUUAUGUUGUGCAAAGUUGCUAUGUUUUGUCUUUCCGCACCUUUGUGGUGUACGCCACCAUCAAGUAAAUAAGCAGGGUCAGGAUGCUUUCAAAUAAACCAUUUUCGGGGUUGAUAACCAAGCGUCAUCUGAAAUACUAUAGUCAAAGGAAAUGAAUGUGGCAGACAUACUGUCUGAAGUAUCAUUUUCGAGGCCGAUGAUCAAAUGCGGAAGUCAACGCAGCGAAAGUAAGAUGCAACCACGUAAGAAUAACUUUUAGGGAGGGGGGGGGGCAUGGCGUGGUUAUAUUUCAGUCCUGCCCACCUUUUUUACACAUGAAAACGCGAGCUUUGUGUAAGGAAAAAAACAGGCACUAUUGCACUUUUUGAAACCAGAAGGGUAAGGGUAUUACUUGUUGUCUUUUCCCCUGGCUCUCUUAAGAGCAAUCUCCCCAGCUCCCCUCUGAAGUCUGCGCCCGACGGCAGCGAUCUGCGUGACAACCUGAGUCGGGUUCAACUAGCGGAUUCCGCCGGCGAUUCCCUACGUCCCUUCCUCCUCAGUGGCAUCGCACCGAAAGGCGACUUUGACGCCGGCCUCAUUGAGGUGGCGCCCGAGACAAGUGGCCCCUCCUCGGACUCGGAGUCCAGUACCAGUACUCUGCUGCGUCUGCACUUGCGAUUGGGCAACCUCCUGCGCGAGGCCUCGGACCUUCACGCCCAAAUCGGUCAUCUGCUGGCACAAUCAACCAUCUCCAGCACAGCCGGCGCGCCUUCCCAUUCACCCUCGCAUUCUUGA